AUGGCCGUGGGUGCUACGCCUCAGGAUCAUCCGGAUCGAGCUGGGCAUCUCAAUAACCUUGGGAUCCGGCUCGGCAGGCGGUUUGAGCGCACAGGGUCAAUGGACGACCUCAAUCGAUCUAUCUCCUCCUUUGAAGAAGGCUGGCACUGUCGUAGCUCUCCCCCGUCAAUCCGUAUUCGUCUGGCCCAGAAAGUGGCUGCUCAUUUCUCCGAACAAUCAAGCUGGGCUCGCUCGAGCACACUGCUUGAAGAGGCGGUAGAACUGCUUCCUACUGUGAGCCUGCGAUCACUGCAACAUACAGACAAACAGCAUGAGCUAGAACGAUUUGCCGGCCUAGCGUCCAUGGCAGCCGCCACUGCUCUCAAUGCUGGGAAGUCGGCUUACCAUGCCUUGAAGCUCCUCGAGCUCGGCCGUGGCGUCAUUGCAGGCCUGCUGCUAGAGAUGCGAUCAGAUGUCUCUGAACUUGAGCAGCGCCAUCCUCAGCUUGCUGAAGAGUUUGUGUCUCUUCGAGAUGAACUAGACUCAUCUAUAGAUUUGAACACUCUUACUCCUAUAGAAGAUGCGCACUCUAGUAGUUAUAAACAGAACAGACGUUGGGCGGCUGAGAAACGGAUCGAAGAGGUUUUAGCUGAAAUUCGCUUAAAAGACGGCUUCCAAAACUUUCUCCUUCCGCCUACCGAAGACGAACUGAAGAGAGCAGCUUCUGCUGGCCCUAUUGUCGUUGUGAAUGUCAGCCCCCACCGAUGUGACGCCUUUUUAGUGCACAUCGAGAGCCACGUUAAGUCGCUGCACACCGCCAACUCGUACCGCGUUCAGCAAAUGCUAGAGUGGCUAUGGGACGUGGCCGCACGUCCAGUUUUAGAGGCGUUGAAUCUCAAGCAGGCUCCCUCGGACGAUGACUGGCCCCGCAUUUGGUGGAUCCCGACAGGACAGCUCGGCCAGCUGCCCCUCCAUGCUGCUGGUCGACACUCCAAAUCCUCUGCCGACACCGUGCUAGAUAGAGCAAUAUCCUCCUAUAGCUCAUCUAUCAAGGCUUUGGUCUAUGGACGGCGACAACACGGCCAACCUCCUGCGAAGCAAGCGCAAGAAGACGCUGUACUCAUCACUGUACCAGAUUCAGGGUUGCACUUUGCUAGGCAGGAAGUAGAAAUGCUAGAAAAACUAUGCCCAAGCCUGAAAUUGAACCCCAAAAAGCCAGCUGCUAAACGGGAGGAGAUCCUAGCACAUCUGCGCACAGGCAAGAUCUUUCAUUUCGCUAGCCACGGACGCUCGAAUCCUUCCGAGCCAUCAGAGAGCUGUCUAGUUCUGGGCAAGGACGAAGCUCCCAUCACCGUGGCUAAUCUUCGCGACUGUAGGCUCCAAGAGAGCUCGCCAUUUCUUGCUUAUCUAUCGGCCUGCUCGACUAAAGUGAACCAAGCAGAUACACUUGCAGAUGAAGAGAUCCACCUUGUCAGCGCAUGCCAACUUGCCGGCUUCCGGCAUGUUAUAGGAACGCUCUGGGAGGUAUCAGACAAGCAUUGUGUCGACGUGGCACACGACCUGUAUACAACGCUCGCGGAGGAAGGAAUGACAGACAUGGCCAUAUGCCGGGGACUGCAUCGAGCCAUUCGGGAGCUUCGGAACAAAGAUAUAGAGGCAAUGCAGAUAGAGGAGGCCAGGGCGGAUGGUGAUGGCGGCGAGCCCCGACAGAGCGACUGGGGUGUUUCGAAAAGCCCAUUCCGACUUGGUGGUCCCCUGCUGUGGGCUGCAUACGUCCAUGCUGGACUCUGA